GAUCAUCUUGAGAACAAUAAUGGCAGGGGAGGAGGUCAAGGUUUCGAACUUGACGGUCUGCUAGGUGUGAUUAGCAACACUGUCAAAGAUGCCGCUCGAAACCCCGAGGAAAAAGCACGAAUGAUCAGUCCCGAGAUCAAAGAACAAGUCGGCGCCAAACUCCGCGAACAACACGCCCCGAUCGCAGAGCAGUUCACGCGCAUUGCUCUCGAUCACAUCAAGCGCUGGCUACGAGGAAACACGAGCACCAAGGAUUUGGGCGAUGGUGUCAAGGGCGAGAUUGAAGAUCAGGUCAAGGAUCUCGUCAAGGGACUUGGAGGUUUGUUUGGGAACAAGAAGUCUAAUGAAGGUUCGGCGAGAGGAUUUGGUGAUGGAGAUCGUGAUGGUGAACGCGCUGAUGGCGAGAGCGGCGGGUUCUCAAAAGUCAUAAGUGAUAAGCUGAGCACAGGUAUCGCAAGAGUCCACAGGGAAGUCCGUCUUGAAUUCCGCAAGAUUCUCGGCGGUAUUGAAAAGCAGCUCUUCGAAUUACUACCCGAUCAAUUCCAACGUCCUCUCGAGAAGAUCCUCGGUGGAAAUCCGUUUGAUACGCAACUCGACCGCGACGCGGGACCAGGCCAAGCGGAUAGAGGGUUUGGGGAUGAUAUCAAGGCGAAGCUGGUGAACAAGAUUAGAGCGCUGGUGAGGAAGGUACAGGAGACGUUAAGGGAGAGCAUUCUGGGGGUUGUUAAUGGUGGCCAUAGGAAGUUUGAGAGGCAGAGCUGGGUGUUUGUGCAGAACAUGGUGGAGAUGAAGGUGCAGAAGUAUCUACCCAAGGUAAAGAUUUCGGUGCCGGAUGAUAUUGGGAAUGAGGGUGUCAGUGUUGGGGCGCCGGCGCAAGCGAAUCUUGGUGGCUCGAAUGCGCCUGUGCCGACUUCACAGGGAGGGCAUUCUUCUUCAGGACAAGGAGGAUAUUCGUCGGGCCAGGGAGGAUAUGAACGGCCCUCGGAGCAGCAUGGAGGACAGGGCUAUCAACAGCCGUAUAAUCCUCCCUCGCAGUUUGGGGAUAAUCACCAGCAGAGUCACGAUUACAGACCUCCCCAGGGACAAGACUACAGGCCUUCUCAAGGACAGGACUAUAGGCCACAGCAGAGUCAAGACUACAGACCUCAAGGUCACGAUGAGUACCGACCUCCAGGGCAACAAGGCGAUUACCGACCACAGCACCAGUCCCAACAGGAUUACAGACCUCAGCAACAGGACAACUACCGACCCCAGGACGAGUAUAGACCUCAGCAACAGCAGUCGCAUCAAGAGUACCGCCCCGAUCAGUACCCUCCACCGCCACAGCAUCAGUCAAGCCACUCUGGGGGAUACCAGCAGAACGAGGGUUAUCAGAAUCAAGGUUACCAGCAAGAUCAGGGCUACCAACAGAACCAAGGAUACGGACAAGGCCAGGGUUAUGGAAGCAACCCUCGCUAUUGA